AUGGCUCCGCAGUCAGACUCAAGGCUAUUGGAUCUGGCUAGACCGCCAUAUCGAAUUUCUUUGCCCGCCAGACCCAAUGCCUUUGGGUUUCACUCUGUCGCCAGACCCAAGAAUCUUGGGUCGACACCCAAGUACGACGCCUGCCCACUUGUCUUGUGUGAUGAAGUUGCCAAUGCUAACUCUUUGAAACUGCUUGAAUGUGCUGAACUAAAUCCCCGCACAUCUCCUUCUGAUCUACUGUCAUUGAUUGAUGUUUAUUACAAGAACAAAUGUGUCCUCUCGAGGAUCUCGGAUGGCAUACCUGAGGCUGUAGAUAUAUUCAAACAUGGACUUGUUUACAGCAGCUGGGAAAUGAUCGCUGACGAGCGACAGAAAUGGUUUCUAAAUUAUCCCUUUAAACUUGAAUUGAUGGACAUUAAAGACGAUGACGAUGACGAUGACGAAGCAUUAGCUUCUCCUAUAUCAUCACUCAAUGAGGCUGGAAAAUCAAGAGAAAAUCUUUGCAAGAAGCUGAUAGAGGAUCUCAGGUUGAGUUGGAUACUAGUGGACAAGAAGACAGGCAAAGCUGUUAACCUCUCAAGCUGGAAGCCAUUAUCAGUACAGAAGAAUUGGCCAUAUCAUGCUACUUAUGUGAUGCAAUUCGGGUGCGUUCUACCCGUGGAAGAAAGUUUGCUUCCUCAGAAGCUGGCCAGAUUCAUAGUAACAACUAGAUUCAAGAUUACAGAAAGAGAGGAGUGCUUCGAAUGGAGGGAAAUCAGCAUGAGAAUUGAGAACAUAGAAGGUGCCCAUGUCAAUGGAAGGAGUAGUCUGAUGAUUCUGAAUAAGGCUCUUUACAGCCAGCGCAGUACAAAUCAGUUUAAAGUGGAAGAGGGAUUAAGGAAGUAUGAGAAACAGAAGAGAGAAAUGAUGAGGAGAAGGGAAUCCAGGGAAGCUUUGGCUGACAGAUUAUUUACAUUCAUCGAGAUCACUGUUUUUGUAAUUUUAUACGUUGCUCUUAGGUAG